AUGACUGAUGUGCCAUAUUGUUUAGAUUACUGGUAUGACCAAAGGAAUUCCAGUCGUAGUUCAUUAUUAAUAUUUGGUUUAGAUAAUGGUGAUAUUUCUUUAUUAAAAUUUAAAAAACCUGCUACUCAGUUAUUUGAAACAACUUUUCUCAGUGAGGGUGGAGCACAGAAAAUAUUUAUGCAGGAUUUACCACAACAUUCAAAAUGGAUGACACAUAAAGUAUUACCCAAGAUUCAUCCAGAAAUGAUACGACAAGUUCGAUAUUUACCUGAUAAUGAUGCUAUCAUAUCAUCUAGUGGAUCUUCACGAUCAGCUGUAGUAAUAGCAGACGGUGUAGAAUGUUUUGAUCAUAAUAGGAAUCUAAAUAUUCUAGUAACAGGUAGUAUGGAUCAUUAUAUUAGAGUGUGGAAUCCCUAUGUUACUAGUAAACCAACAGCUAUAUUAUCAGGACAUUCAACUGGUGUAAUAGGAGUGGUUAUACAUGAAUCAUUUGCCCAAGUUUUUAGUUACUCUAAAGAUGCUGUCAUAAAAGUUUGGGAUGUAAAAGAACAAACAUGUGUUCAGACAAUAGUAUUAAAAUUUCCAAGCAGUAUACAUGGUCGUAUGCCAGAACAUGGUCAGUUCCCUAUCCACCUUCAACCAACACCACAUAAUAGUUUACUAGUAACUUGUAAUGACUAUAUUGGUAUGAUGAAAUUAGGUAAAGGUGCUGAACCUCAGAGUGUAAUGCCAUUGACACAUGAUACUCAAUUGUGUUGUGCUAUCUAUAACCAAUUCUUUAAACAGGUAGUAACAGGGUGUGAUUCGUCCUGUAUAGCAGUGUGGGAUAUUGAAACUGGUAAUAAAGCAGUAGUAUUUUCCAAUGCCCAUGGUGAAGAAGAGAUAACUACCAUGGUCUUUGAUGAUAAUUGGAGAAGACUAAUCACUGGUGCCAGAAAUGGUAGCAUUAAAGUAUGGAAUUUUCAAAAUGGACACAACCUCCAUAAGCUAGAAGCUGCAGCUGAUGCAGAAGUGACUGGUAUAUUACCUAUUUUAGAUAAACGAGUUAUUAUGGCUGUAGGUUGGAGUCAACAGAUAACUGUAUAUGAUGAUUCAGACCAAGAUAAUAUGUAUAUACCAGCUAGUAAUGAUUGGAAAGGUGGACAGAUCCACAAGGAAGAUAUAUUAGCUAUAGAUAAAUGUUCUCCCAGCUUUAUCGCUACUGGUAGUUUUGAUGGUGAAAUUAUCAUCUGGGAUAUUGAAACAGAAAAACUCUUUAUUAGGUUACGCAAAGGACAACCUCCUGAUCUGUAA